UUGUGGGGGUGAUCUGGAAGUUUGAGUAAGCACAUAAAGUACAGUUAAUGGUGUCAUUACAGACAACGAUGGCUGUCCCCAGAUAGGAUUUUUUAAAGCUCGUAGGAUAUUGGACGUUCAUCAUUUCCCCAAUUUAUAAAGUCGCGAUUAUAAUCACAUUGCAAUAAUGACGCUGUCAACUCUCAUUCGAUUUGGUCGUCGCCAAAAAGCGAGAGCAGCAAGAACGGCUUUCUCUUAAGGCCGUAACAGCGCCAGCAGCAGGGAACGGGAUCCACCACCUGGAGCCGUACUACGUAGCUUCCCGCCACGAAAAAAAAGGUAGCGCAGACCGACGAGGCUGGAUUUCCAGCCGACGUUCGCUCGCGACUCGGCUCGAAUUUUCCUCGAGUGACAGGGCGGAAGCAGAGGAAGAGAAACUCGUGAUUGCCAUGGCAACCUUGACAGCCGGGAACUUCAGUCGACGGCCCGGCUGAAGAACGAAACAUAGAGUACUUCCGGCGGCAGCGGCAAGAGGGGAGAUUGUGACCGGAAGGGGUUGCGCUUUGUUUGGAGCAGAAGAGGUCGGAGUGAGGGUCUUGGGGUCAUAAACCAUUCUGGAAUGUCUUUGAAAAAUUUAUAUCACAAAGUUGCUUGAUUUAAGGACGCAGCCGUGACAAGAAGAUGCCUGACCGUGACAACACCUAUAAUGGCAGUGGUAGCGAUGAGGCAAGCGCCAACUCCGACGACAUCUGCCGAGAUUUCCUGCGCAACGUCUGCAAGCGGGGCAAACGUUGCCGUUUCCGCCACCCUGACAUCAAUGAGGUGACCAACUUGGGGGUGAGCAAGAACGAGUUCAUCUUCUGCCACGACUUUCAGAACAAGGAGUGCGUCCGCAUCAAUUGCCGCUUCAUUCAUGGCACCAAAGAGGACGAAGACUGUUACAAAAAGACUGGGGAGCUUCCCCCGCGCCUCCGCCAGAAAGUGGCAGCCGGGCUGGGCCUGUCCCCAGCUGACCUCCCCAACAGCAAGGAAGAGGUUCCCAUCUGCCGAGAUUUCCUCAAGGGCGAUUGCCAGCGUGGGGCCAAGUGCAAAUUCCAGCACCUGCAGCGGGAUUAUGAAUACGAUGCCCGGGGCUUGGCAACCCGGGAACAGGGUAUCACCACCCCUGUGCGUCGCUAUGACCCCUAUGACCCAAUGUAUGACUCUGACCGAUGCUAUGAUGACCACGACCCUGUGCUCAAAAGGCGGCGAGUGGACGGGCUCCACUUUGAAACUUACGAAUACAACUUCACUAGUCCACGCACGGUGGAAUAUCGUCUUCUGGAAGAAGAAAACAUCAUGCUCCGCAAACGAGUAGAGGACCUCAAAAAGCAGGUCAACAACCUCCUGGCCACCAAUGAGGUCCUCUUGGAACAGAACGCCCAAUUUCGCAACCAAGCCAAAGUGAUGAGCCUCAGCUCCACAGCUACAGCCACCGAGCAGACUCUGGCCCCGACCGUGGGCACUGUGACCAACUAUAACCACAGCAUUGCCCAAACUCACACGACUCUGAGCAGCCAAGCCCUGCAGCCACGUCCUGUCUCCCAGCAGGAUUUGGUCGCUCCCGCUGGAGCGCAGGCAGCACCCCCGAGCAACGCAGCUCCUCCUAUGAACCCCGAAAUCACCCCACUGUCGGCAGCUCUGGCUCAGACCAUUGCCCAGGGGAUGGCUCCCCCUGUCUCCAUGGCCCCCGUAGCUGUAUCGGUAGCGCCAGUGGCUGUGUCGAUGGCUCAGCCUCUAGGGGGAAUUACCAUGAGCCACGCCACUACUCCCAUGGUGACCUACCCCAUAGCGUCCCAGAGUAUGAGAAUAACAGCCAUGCCUCACUAGCCCACGUUCAGUGGAAGUGCCAUCAUUCAGUCUAUGCUGUGCUGUUCCUAAGUCAGGAUGGGCACAAAUCCUGUUGAAAGAUAAGACAAAGAGAACGAUAUUGAUCCCGGAGGAGGAUCUUGAAGCCUCUGGAAAGCUCACAGGGAAGGACUAUAAACGUGGGUUGGCCUUUUGUCUGAAGGAGGCAUGUGGGUUGUCCCUUCACAAUGAAAACAGCCCAGGCAACACAGAAAAACAAGCAACAAAAGCAUUUGGAAAGUACAGAGGUCUCAGAUGUGUUUUCUCUGUAUCUUAUUUCUGUUUUGCUGUUUGUUCUCCUUGUAAGUCCUCUAGCUGUGCUUUUGAGUGUAAGAACUGAGCAAAUUUUCCAGCCUGUGGAUUGUGUGUGGCUGAGCAGAGAGAAAAUAACAAUUUCUUCCCUGGUCCUGUACUUGUUCAUGGGGUAGAGGACAACUUUCCUUAGCUCAGUCUGACGAAAGGGCAGAGACUUAAUACAAUAGCAGCGCAGCAGACUGAGCCAGCCUGAAUUCUUGCAUUCUUUUUCUUGGUGUAGAAAGGCAGGGAUCCAGGCACCUGGAAAAUACUAACUUAAAUUGUACUGGUUUAAAAGACGAUGAACUGGAAAGAAUUGUAGUAAACAGAAUGUCCCUUCCUUUGGGGUAGAUUAGAUCUUAGUUCUGGAAAGAAUGGGUUCAAAGCACAUACACAGCAAUGAUAGCUUGACAGUUUGUGUAGUGGAGGCAAUUGCGUGUGUUCGUAUACAUGUGUGAAUCCACACCCUUCACGGAUACACAACAUCCACAUAGAUGGCAUCUCUAUGUGGCUGUUGAGGCUUUCAAAGAGUCCAGGGUUUAGUGACAGGAUCUCUUGAUGCUGAGCAGCUGAAUUUCUGGUUGAAAUAGAUCAGGGGUAGGCAACCUUGGCUCUUUUACGACUCGUGGACUUCAACUCCCAGAAUUCCUGAGUCAGCCAUGCUGAGGGGAAAGGGACAGGUUUCCAAACUGAGCCAUGCUGGCUCAGGAAUUCUGGGAGUUGAAGUCCAUGAGUCAUAAAAGAGCCAAGGUUGCCUACCCCUGAAAUAGACAAACUCAGAGCAACUCACUUGUUUCCUCCAUUUGCCUGUAUUGCUUUCUGGCUGUAUUUAGUGUCUGAAUUCCCCUCACAGCCAAGGACUCUGUGGUAGAACCUUUCCAGCUGUAUGUCACUUCACUUUUUGUUUUGUUUUACAGGGCACCACUUUUUUUUUUUUUUAAUAUGGAUACCUUCCCUCAGUGUGAGUUUUUGUUUUAUUUUCUGGGAGGUGGGAGGGUAUUUUUCUUUUUUUGUUUUUUUUAACGUGAACUUCAUCUCCUCGAGUCUGAAGUAACUGUAUUAAAACAAUUUAAAGGAAAUGAGAAAAAUGUUUGAUGACACAGCUGUUUCUACAGUUAACAGUGUAAAUGUUUUCAGCUAUUAAAAUAAAUGUACAGACCUCA